AGUUCGGGGCUGCAGCCUUGUUUGUCGUCCGGGGAAAGAAGCCGCUGCUGCCGCUGAACCAGGACCGGGAGACCCCGUAGAGACCCGGAGAACCAGGACCGGGAAACCCCGUAGACCCCUGGAACCGGGGACCAGGAGACCCCGUAGAACCAGGGACCCCUGGAGCCGGAGACCCGGAAACCCCGGAGAGACCCCGAGACCCCUGGAAACAGAGACCCGGAAACCCCGGAGACCCCUGGAUAACCAGGGACCCCUGAGACCAGGACCCGGAGACCCCGGAGCCCCCGGAGAGACCCCUGAGACCAGGACCCGGAGACCCCGGGGGAUGGAGCUGACCCGCCGAGCCUGAGGAAGAGGAGGAGGAGGAGGAGGAGGAGGAAGGGGAGGAAGAUGAAGCUGCUGAAGCCCAGCUGGGUGAGCCAUAACGGCAAACCCAUAUUUUCAGUCGACAUCCACCCGGAUGGAACCAAGUUUGCAACGGGAGGUCAAGGGGAGGAUUCGGGGAAGGUGAUGAUCUGGAACAUGGCUCCGGUUCUCCGGGAGGAGGACGAGAAGAACGACAACGUCCCCAAGAUGCUCUGCCAGAUGGACAAUCACCUAGCCUGCGUGAACUGCGUCCGCUGGUCCAACAACGGUCUGUAUUUGGCGUCAGGAGGAGACGACAAGCUGGUGAUGGUCUGGAAACGAGCAGCACUAAUCGGUCCCAGCACCGUGUUCGGCUCCAGCAACAAGCUAGCUAACGUGGAGCAGUGGAGGUGCGUGACCAUCCUGAGGAACCACACGGGAGAUGUCAUGGACGUAGCCUGGUCCCCCCACGACGUCUGGCUAGCUUCCUGCAGCGUGGACAACACCAUCGUCGUCUGGAACGCACGCAAGUUCCCAGAGAUGGUGACGUGUCUGCGCGGCCACACCGGGCUGGUGAAGGGCCUCACCUGGGACCCGGUGGGGAAAUACAUUGCGUCUCAGGCCGACGACCACAGCCUGAAGGUUUGGAGGACGGUGGACUGGAGGCUGGAGGCCGACGUGACCAAGCCCUUCACAGAGUGCGGCGGGACGACCCACGUCCUCCGUCUGUCCUGGUCUCCUGACGGCCAGUAUCUCGUCUCGGCUCACGCCAUGAACAACUCUGGCCCCACGGCUCAGAUCGUGGAGCGGGACGGCUGGAAAACCAACAUGGACUUCGUGGGACAUCGCAAGGCCGUCACCGUGGUGAAGUUCAACCCCAAGAUCUUCAAGAAGAAGCAGAAGAACGGCAGCUCCACCAAACCCAGCUGUCCGUACUGCUGCUGCGCCGUGGGCAGCAAGGACCGGUCCCUCUCCGUCUGGCUCACCUCCCUGAAGCGCCCCCUGGUGGUGAUCCACGACCUCUUUGACAAAUCCAUCAUGGACAUCAGCUGGACUCUGACGGGUCUGGGGAUGCUGGUCUGCUCCAUGGACGGAACCGUUGCCUACCUGGACUUCUCCCUGGACGAGCUGGGAGACCCGCUGAGUGAGGAGGAGAAGAACAGCAUCCACCAGAACAUCUACGGGAAGAGUCUGGCCAUCACCAACACGGAGGUGCAGCUGUCCACCACCGUCAUCGAGAACCCCGAGAUGCUCAAGUACCAGCAGGACCGGGGGAGCCUGGGGGGCCUGGGGGGCCGGGCCCAGAACCAGCCCUCCGGGGGGGCCCUGGGGCCCGGGGGGCCCGGGGGGGCCGAGGCCCCCAAGGUCAACAGCGUCAUGAACGGGGAAUCUCUGGAGGACAUACGGAAGAACCUCCUGAAGAAGCAGGUGGAGACCAGAACGGCCGACGGCAGGAGAAGAAUCACGCCGCUGUGCAUCGCUCAGCUGGACACGGGGGACUUCUCCCCGGCGUUGUUCAACAGCGCCCCCAUCCUGCCGUCCGGCUCGUCUCUGUCCAACCAGCUGAACCCGGCGCUGAACUCGGACUCCAGAGACCCGGUCCCGGUGCUGGUCCCGGUCCAGGUCCCGGGUCCGGGUUCAGGACUCCGGACCACCCAGGACCCCAGCAAGGACGACAAGGAUGAGGUCAAGGCCGGCCUGCUGCUAAGCUCCGCCUCCAAGAUGGAGCCCAUGAAGGCGCUGGACUCCAGGUUCACCGAGAGGUCAAAGGCCACGCCGGGCGUCGCUAUCGCCUCCACGGCGGGACUGGGACCUGCAGACGGCCGGCCGCGGGACGCCGUCUCCGCCUGCAGAGACGCUAACAAGUCCAAGGACGACACGAGCAGCGACAGCGAGGACAAGAUGGCCGCCAUCAACAAGAACCUGGCGUUCGGCAAGAGGAAGGCGGAGCUUCUGCUGGACGGGGCGGAGGUGGUGGAGAAGAGGAAGAAGGGCCGGCCCCGCAAGGACAAGAUGGCCACCGCCGCCCCCCAGCCCUUCCCCCCGGGGGCCCCGGGGCCCGACGGGGGGGCCAGCAGGACGGCGGCACCGCCGCUAGCCGCCGCCGCGGCUACGCUCAAGCUGCCGACGCCCAGCACCCAGAAGGCCUUCAGCCUGCAGGUGAGCUCGGAUCCCUCCGUGUUCCUGGAGGUUGAGAACGACGUGUCGGUGGUUGCCGGUUCAAAGCUCAGCCAGUUGAGAUGCAGCAGAGACGGACGAGACUGGAACACACUGCUGCCUUGCUCGGUGGUGACGGCAGCCGGGAGCAGUGAGGUCCUAGCCGUGGCCUGCGAGGACAGGAUGUUGUCCGUCUUCUCCUCCUGCGGACGGAGGCUCCUCCCCUCCAUCCAGCUGGCCACGCCCAUCUCCGCCCUGCACUGCUCCGCCCACUUCGUCAUGGCUCUGACGUCGGGAGCGGCGCUGUCCGUCUGGGACGUUCAAAAACAGACGGCUCUGGUGAGGAACGAAUCACUGAUGACCAUCCUGGCCGGUGGUGACGUCAGCGUGUCCCAGUCUCUGCUGACUCAGCACGGCGUCCCCGUCAUCGGUUUGUCCAACGGAAAAUCCUUCUGCUUCAGCUCGUCUCUGGAGACAUGGACUCUGGUGGCCGACAGGGCCGACUCGCUGGUCCAGGGCGCCGACUUCAGGAGCUGCCUGCCUUCCCAUGAUGCACCUGUGAUCUCGGGCCCGCUGGCCGUCAUGCAGGGCCGCCAUCUCAACGCGGGCCGGCUAGCCUCCCGUCUGUCGUCCGUCCCCCACCAGCUGCAACAGAGCAUGACGUUAGCAUUCCUGGAGAACCAGCUAGCAGCUAGCCUAGCGCUGCAGUCGCCCGCCGAGUACCGGUACUGGCUGCUGGUGUACGCCCGCUUCCUGGUGCACGAAGGGUCGGAACAGCGUCUGCGUUUUCUCUGUAAGGAGCUUCUUGGUCCCGUCCACAAAUCAGCAGCUUCAUCCUGGGAGCCAACCACGCUGGGUCUGCUGAAGCGGGACCUGCUGCAGGAGCUGCUGCCGGUGAUCGGGGAGAACCUGCAGUUCCAGAGACUCUUCACCGAGUACCAGGACCAGCUGGAGCUGCUGAGGAAAUGAGACCCGGGUCAGGUCUAGACCUGGUACUGGUCCAGAACCAGAACCAGGACCAGCUGGAGCUGCUGAGGGGGAAGUGAGACCCGGUCCUGGUCCUGGUCCAGACCCGGGUCUGGUCCGGGUCAGGUCUGGACCUGGUCCUGGACCAGCUGGAGCUGCUGAGGGGGAAGUGAGACCCGGUUCAGGUCCAGAGCUGGAACUGAACAGAACUGGAUCGUCAGUCGCCCAGAACUUUCUUUGUUUUUACAGAUUUGUCCUUUUCUUUUCUUGUAAAUGUGGUUUUCUGACAAAAAACCUGGAUCUGGACCAGGACCAGGUCUGGACCAGGUCUGGACCAGGACCAGGUCUUGACCAGGACCAGGACCAGGUCUGGACCAGGACCAGGUCUGGACCAGGACCAGGUCUGGACCAGGACCAGGUUCUAAUCACCGUUUCCAGAACCUUCUAAAGAAGUUAAUCAUGUUUUUCCGGUUGUCGGUUCUGAAAUCAUGAAAUCAUGAAAUCACAAAAUGUCUCUUUUCUUUCCGGAAUAUUCUGGAAAUGCAGGAGGCGGAGCUACUGCCCGGGGGCGGGGCUUCUGCUUCAGGAGGCGGGGCUUGAGCUCUGUCUGCGUCGUCAUUUUUAAAUGUUUAAAUUGCUUUUUUUUCUUUUUUUUUGUUUCGUUUUCUAAAAAAGAAAUAAGAGAAAUAAAGUGAAGAUGUAGAAGAUUUUGCUUUUUCAAGAAACACGGUGAAAAUAAACGACACAAGGGUUU